GAAGAGAGCGCACGGUUCGCCCGAGGAGCCAGGCGCGCACACGCACGCAACAGAGACAGUCACGAUGCGCGAGAUCGCCGAGAUGUUCGUGCCCAAGAGCAUGUACGGCACCCUCCCGGUGCGCAUGCUCCCGCCCACGCGCAUGGCCACCGGUCUCGCGGGGUGGGGGAUCACGGCGGGAUUCGGGCUGUGCUGGAUGAUCGGGGACGAUUCGUUCGCCUACUUCAAGUCCCUCGUCGUCGGCGCCCCCGACGAGGAGUAAGGGACGGCGUGCGACCGUUAGAUGUAAGUUUGUAUUCGUAUAGAGCAACGGUGUUUC